CCAUGAUUCAUCAACAACCCUAACCCUAAUUGUCACGGAAAAUAAAUAAAUAGCAGCGAACACUCCUUCCACCAACAACUCACCCAAUUGUUGCUGAACGAUCGUGUAAAACUCAUUAAGCUUUUAAUUCCCAUUAAUAAUGUCUGGAGGAAAAUCUGGAGGUAAGGCUGCUAUCGCCAAGUCCGCUCAAUCUCGUUCUGCCAAGGCUGGUUUGGCCUUCCCCGUCGGUCGUGUCCAUCGUCUUCUUCGUAAGGGAAAUUACGCUCAACGUGUUGGUGCUGGUGCUCCCGUCUACUUGGCUGCUGUUUUGGAGUACCUUGCUGCCGAAAUUCUCGAGCUGGCCGGUAAUGCUGCUCGUGAUAACAAGAAGACUCGUAUCAUUCCCCGUCAUCUUCAACUCGCCAUUCGUAAUGACGAAGAGCUGAACAAACUCUUGGGCAAUGUCACAAUUGCCCAAGGUGGUGUUGUUCCUAACAUUCACCAACAUUUGCUUCCCAAGACAUCAGGACGUACCAAGCCCAGUCAGGAGCUGUAAAUGACCAGCUAAUGUGCUAAGUACCCUCUCCCCCGUCCGUCUUAUGUUUCCUUGAGUAUUCUCCUUUGGUUCUUUCUUUCCCGCUCCCUUCCACACCGCAGUGUUAUGUUCAGUGGUUAGUCUAUGGAUUUGAGCCACUGGUAAACCUUGUAUCACCCGUUCGUCCUUUCAAUCGUUUAUCUCGUUUUUCUUUUUUCCUCUUUCAUCUAAUGCUUGCUUGGUAGUACUUGUUUAAUGAGAACAGUCUCUGCAUUGUAUAUA